AGAAACAAUUGAAGAGAUUGGAGGAAAGUUUUUGGUGGUUCUGAUAACCAAUCAUGAAGAUUUCUUUUAUUUCGUUGAAGUUUCUGAGAAUCUAAACAUUUGGAAGAUAACAGAGCUUCUUUCUGGAGAAAUUUGGACCGAAUUCAUCUGCGGAUUGGCAGAUCAAUUGCUGUCAUAUUCAAAGGAUUAGAAUGAGUCUGGAGAAUAGGCUGCAAAUGCCAUUAUUUUGUUGAAAUCCAAAGUAAACUUGUGUUUAUACCAUUAAGACUAAAGCAAAGUUGUAACGGCUAAGGCUUAGUGAUUUCAGGUGUACACAAAAGAAUGGAGAAGGACUCGUUAAGAAACAACAAUAACAAUGGUAACGGCAAUAGCACCAACUACAGCCGAGAUAGAACUGCCGGAGCCGGAGUCAACGGCGGAAUGUUAAGAUCCAGCUCGGAUCCGACCAAGCAAACGUUGUCGUCUUCUGAUUUCGUUUUGCAAUGGGGAAAUCGGAAACGUCUGCGAUGUAUGAAGUUCCAAGUCAAAGGCGAUCAUUCUGGACCGGUCAAUCGAACCACGGUUCGAGUCGACCGCCGAGUUGUGAGGGCCGAAAAGGACUCUUCGAAUCAGCCAAGCAAUAAUAAUCACGGGAACGGGUAUUUUAACCUCCGUCAACGGCCUGCUUCCCCUCAAGCUCCGCCACCUCAGCGCUUUCUCAGGAACUCUGAGAAUUCCGGUGCUAUGAGAGGCCAAAGCAACGGAGCUGUAAGGGGAUUCUCUUCACCAGAUAGGGGUGCGCACGAUAAGAGAGUGGGUGGUAACAACCAUAACAAUAACAAUAACCACCACCACCACCACCGUAGCAGCAGCCACAACAACAACAAAUCAGCGGCAUCUUCUGACAUGGCUCAUGAUAGCAAAAAGGGAGGCUCCUCUUCAGGAAGCGGCGAGGCAGCAGCUGCUACUGCGCCCAUCGUUUGGCCACCGAAAUUCGUGAUUGCUUUGACGAAUAAAGAGAAGGAAGAGGAUUUCAUGGCCAUCAAAGGAUCUAAGCUGCCACAAAGACCCAAAAAGCGAGCGAAAUUUAUUCAACGGACGCUCAACUUGGUAAGUCCGGGGGCGUGGCUAUGUGAUUUAACCCUCGAUCGAUACGAGGUCAGGGAGAAGAAAAUCUCAAAGAAGAGUCCAAGAGGAUUGAAGGCAAUGGGAAAUACUAAUAUGGAAUCGGAUUCGGAAUAAAAAGUCAAGUUGGGUUUGAGUAUUGGCUGAUGGAGUGUUUAAGGGUAAGUUGCUCUCUUUUGUAGGAGGAGGGAGAAAGGAUUUGAAGUGGUGUAAAUGAAGACCCUUUUCAUCUUUGAGAUGAAUGAAAAAAGAAUUAAAAUUUAACCCUAAAUCUUUAUCUGCUACA